CGUGUUUCCUGUUUGUGUCGUCCUUUAGCCUAAAACAGUUUUGUUCUUAUUGAACAUAGCUGUCGUUUAAAUUUGCGCUCGAGUAAGAAUUGUGAUUUUAGCUGAAGGGAGAUGGCAGCCACGCAGAAACUGGCCUGUUUUCGGUUACCUCCUCUGCCUACCUUAAGGGAGAUCAUCAAACUGUUUAAUCUGAAAGCAGAGAAACAGCUUUCUCAGAACUUCCUCCUAGACAUGAGACUCACAGAUAAGAUUGUCCGGCAGGCGGGAAACCUGAAGAAUGCGCACGUGUGUGAGGUGGGACCCGGACCUGGGGGCCUCACCAGGUCUAUUCUGAAAGCUGGAGCAGCAGACUUAUUAGUGGUGGAGAAGGACACGCGCUUUAUUCCAGGAUUACAGCUCUUGUCUGAGGCUGCUCCUGGAAGAAUGAGGAUAGCACAUGGAGAUAUUCUCACAUACGGACUGGAAAGUGGGUUCCCAGCCCACCUAUCAAAGACAUGGGAAGAUGUACCCCCCAACCUGCACAUCAUUGGGAAUCUGCCCUUUAGUGUGUCGACUCCUCUCAUUAUAAAGUGGCUGGAGCAGAUAUCGAACAGAACUGGGUGCUUUACGUUUGGACGGACAAGGCUUACGCUGACCUUCCAAAAAGAGGUGGCUGAAAGGUUAACAGCCAGCACAGGAAGCCGUCAACGCAGCCGCCUGUCUGUCAUGGCUCAGUAUCUCUGCACUGUCAACUGUUUCACCAUCCCAGGAUGUGCCUUUGUUCCAAAACCUAAAGUGGAUGUGGGGGUGGUGCACUUCACUCCGCUGGCUCAGCCCCAGAUCCAGCAGCCCUUCAAGCUGGUCGAGAGGAUUGUCAGGAACGCCUUCCAGUUCCGGAGGAAGUACUGCCACAGAGGGCUCGAGAUGCUGUUCCCAGAGUCUCAGCGUCAAGAACUGACGGAAGAGUUGCUGCGCAGUGCUGAUGUGGAUCCCACACUGCGGCCCACAGAGAUCUCUAUUUCUGAAUUCAGGGCUUUAGCAGACGCCUACAGUAAGCUUUGCGAGGAGAACCAAGGCCUCAUCGACUAUGAUUUCAGAGAAGAACUCAAACUCAAGCAUCAGGCAAAGAGACAAUUUGGCAACAAACGUAAAGUUCGAAUCUUCACAACUCGAUAG